AUGACAAUUAGAACAGCCCGUCCAGACCGGGGACAACGUUUCUGGCCCCGUGUACACUGCUUGAAAAAGCUGGAGGCCAUUGUGGUGGAGAUGCAGGACCCAAAGAGCGGAGUUAAGGGCUCGGAGCAGAAACUCAACGUCACUGUCAUCCCCCAUGUCAUCACUGGUCAGGACGUCAUUGCAUGGAUCACCAACAAGCUGAAGAACACUACAGAAGAGGCUCAGGCCUUUGGCACCAUGCUAGUGGCCUAUGGCUACAUCUACCCCCUGCAGAACCACAACAAGCUGGUCAUGUGCAACGACAGCAGCCUCUACCGCUUCCAGACCCCGUACUUCUGGCCUACACAGAAAUGGGUUGCAGAGGACACCGACUAUGCCAUUUACCUGGCAAAGAGGAACAUCCGCAAGAAAGGCGUACUAGAACCCUACGAACAGGCACAUUACAACCACCUCCAUGAAUGGCUGAACCACAAGUGGGACUUUAUCGUCAUGCAGGCCACCGAGCAGUACAAGGCUGGUAAGGAGAGGAAGAAGCCGGAUCGCGUGGUGUUUGAUUGCCAGGAGAGGGCUUACUGGAUGGUGAACAGGCCACCGCGUCGUACUCACAGUGCUAUGGAUUAUGGUCCAGAGCGUCUUAUUAAUCCCAACGUAGAUGAGAACAUCACCUUCGACAUUUACAGACGCAUGAACAUGUUCUAUCAACAAGCCAUCAUGAGGUCAAAGGUCAAAUCUAGUGUGUCCCUUGGAGCACUGGUCAAGUACGUCACAACCUACAAAAACCACGACCCGUUCCUGGCUCCCUGUCUACCCAGCAACCCUUGGCAAACAGAUAAUGACACAUAUUGGACUCUCAACAUGAGAAGAGUUGAUGUCCCCACUAAGAUGCGAGUAGAGCGCUGGUCCUUCAGCUUGUUCGAGCUGCUGAGUGACCUGCGAGGCCGAGACGACUUCAAGGUCUUCCUCAAGAAGGAGUUCAGUGGGGAGAACUUGGCUUUUUGGGAGGCAGCUGAAGAACUGAAGUGGGGCACUGCAUCUUCCAUGUCAACAAAAGCUGAGACCAUCUUCAAGACCUUCCUGGCCCCUGGUGCCCCCCGCUGGAUCAACAUUGAUGGCAGGACAAUGGGUCUGACAGUGAAAGGCCUGGAUCAUCCUCACCGCUACGUGCUGGAAGCUGCACAGACACAUGUCUUCAUGCUCAUGAAAAAGGAUACCUUCUUCCGUUACCUCAAGUCACCGGUGUACAAAGAAAUCCAGAAGCAGGCACUGAGCCCUGAACCUCAUAACUUCAGUCCGGCCCAGCUUGAGCAAAAUGCUCGGACCCGAAGCCUAGGCAUCCAUCCCAUCAUCCUCUGGCAGCAAGAGGAGGAGGAAAAGGCCAAGGCCGCCGCUGCCUCCGCUCCUGUCGAUGUCAAGGCCAUGAUGAGCAAAAUAGACAGGAAGAAGUAGAGUUAUACUGUGGACGUGUGUGUGUGCGUGUGUGUGUUCAGGGUUCUACAUGUCAUGUCACACACAAAGUACCAACACAGGAACCCUCUAUUAGGGUGUAUACACUGUAAAGAAGGAUUUGCUUAGGUCUUCAGUAUCAUGCCAAUGUUAGUGUUUUAGCAAAUAAUCAAAUGAAAAAAAAAAUCCCAUUUACUUUAGGUUGUUGAACAGGCCUUCUAGACACAGGUCCAGAGGCAAAACGACCACAAAGACCCAAAACGACCACUUUUUAGAAAGUGAUAGUUACAGGAGACUUACUAUAAGUAUGUUGCUUCUAUAUACAUCAUAUGACUUAUAUAGAAAAUUUGUAUCAACAAAUCAAAUGUAUCUAAUGUGAAAUACAUACAAUAAUGUCACAUUAGUUAAAUAAUUAAUUAGAAAUUCAAGAUUAUUAUAUAUAUAUUACAGUAGCCGUUUUGUCUAAAGCCAAGCCAAGUUUAUAUAGUCUGAUUUUCACUAGAGCAGUUAAACAGUUGUUUAAUCAGCUCUACUUGUUAAACUGUGAGGCUGUACUGAAGUGACAUACACUAUCUCACUAAUGUGUGCUUGGAGACACUGGAGCUUUUGUUGCAGCAAUAUGUAUUGCAUAUGUUAAUAUGUAUUGGACCCAUACCAUUGAUUUCAAACCCAUUUUAUACAGUUUAUAUUACGUAUAAACUACUACUACUGGUAUCCUGCGAUGGCAGGUUGGUGUUUUCAGUGAGUUUUGUAUAUUCCAAGGCAACACAUGAUAAUGGGAACUAAUCAACUAAUUUGUGCCACAGUUGGGUAGUUGGGUCAAGACAUAACAAAUGAUACUAAAUAAUAUGGUAUAAUAAUGAUCAUGUUACAGUGUUGGUCAAAUGUAUUUGUAACAAUGUUUACAUGUUCUUUUCACAGCGGUGUCACAGAAUGGUAAACACCAGUGCAGUUAAUGAAAUCGAUAAGGGAUGUCAGAUUGGACUUGAACGUUUUAACAGAGAAUCUGUUUUACAAACUGGGGGCCAGUAGUCUGAAAUAUGUGGACUUUUACCAAGAAGGGAGGGUCUCAACAAGAGGAUGCUGUUAUGGGUAGUGUAGGAUCCAGCAUUUUUGGAACUUCACCCAUUGGAAAUUAAAAGGCAGGAAUA